CGUGAGACAAAGUGUGGUGUCCGCCGGAGCCCGUAGGAAGCGAAAAAGAGAGAGAGAGACCGGAGAAAGGAGAGAAUGGAGCGGCUGAAUCCACAACAACAGGAGGAAUAAUAACCCACGAAAAGAAAGAGCAAUAAACAAGGCUGAAGACUGGGGGAGAAGAGGGAGAGAACUCGCAGGGAAAACUUUUCCGGGGUGUAAAACUGUUCCGGGGACUGAAAACGCAGCCACGUUUUUAAAACAUGGAUACACUUUGCGCUGUUUUCCCGGGACUCCUGCUUCUCCUUUCGGGCGUUGGUACCGUCUCCGGCCAGAUACCGACAGCUCACAUGGGGCGCGCCGAGAAGGGGAGCUGCACGUUCGACGAGGGCUUCACUCCGUGCGACUACCAGCAAGAUCCCUACGACGACUUUGACUGGACGCACACCAACACCCAGGAGGCGCCGUACGUCUCCCCGGAACUGCCCCAAGGUUCCUUCAUGUUCGUGGACGUCUCGCAGAACGACGUCGGGGACAAGGCCCGCUUUCAGCUGCCCGUCAUGAAGGAGAACGACACCCACUGCAUCGACUUCAACUACCUGCUCACCAGCCCCGGCGGCUCCAGCCCCGGCACCCUCAACGUCCUGGUGAAGGUGAACAAGGGUCCCUUGGCCAACCCGAUAUGGAACGUGACGUCCUACACCGGUAAAGACUGGCUGAGAGCCGAACUCGCCGUCUCCACCUUUUGGCCAAAUGAAUAUCAGGUCAUAUUUGAAGCAGAGGUUUCGGACAGCAAAGCCGGCUUCAUCGCCAUCGACGACAUUCAGGUGCUGAGCUACCCGUGCGAUAAAUCCCCUCACUUCCUGCGUCUCGGGGACGUGGAGGUGAACGCCGGACAGAACGCCACCUUUCAGUGCAUAGCGACGGGACGGGACACAUCGAGCAAUAAACUCUGGCUACAGAGGAGAAACGGAGAAGAUAUUCCCGUGGCUCUGACGAAGAACAUCAACCACCGACGGUUCGCCGCCUCCUUCCACCUCAAAGAAGUCACCAAUCAGGAUCAAGACCUGUACCGCUGCGUCACUCAGUCAGAGCGCGGCUCCGGCGUGUCCAACUUUGCGGGUCUCAUCGUUCGAGAGCCUCCGCACCCCAUCGCCCCGCCCCAGCUGCUGGGUGUCGGCCCCACAUAUCUGCUGAUUCAGCUGAAUGCUAACUCCAUAUUCGGAGAUGGUCCCAUUAUACUGAAAGAGGUUGAGUACCGUAUGACGUCGGGCAGCUGGACGGAGACUCACGCCGUGACCUCCCCCAACUACAAGUUAUGGCAUCUCGACCCGGACACCGAGUACGAGAUCCGAGUCUUACUAACCCGACCAGGGGAGGGGGGGACGGGCAAAGCCGGACCCCCGCUCAUCACCCGCACCAAAUGCGCAGAACCCAUGCGGACUCCUAAGCGUCUGAAGAUCGCGGAGACCAGGUCCCGUCUGAUAGCGGUGGACUGGGAGUCGCUGGGUUACAACAUCACGCGCUGUCACACCUUCAACGUCACCAUCUGCUACCACUACAUGACUGCCAACAACCGCAGCAAGGCCGGCUGCUUGGACAUGGACCCCAAAGCGCCGCGCCACCUGGUGGGAAACCUGCCCCCCUACACCAACGUCAGCCUGAAGAUGAUUCUGACCAAUCCGGAGGGAAGGAAAGAGAGCGACGAGACCGUCAUACAGACCGACGAAGAUGUUCCAGGCUCAGUUCCCAGUCAGUCACUAAGAGCCACUCCAUUUGAAGACCGAAUUCUUCUUUACUGGAAGGAGCCAGCUGAGCCCAACGGAGUCCUCAUGCAAUACGAGAUCAGCUACAGCGGCGUGCGCUCCUUUGACCCUUCGGUGCCUCUCCAGCGGCCGGGGUCCACCACGCUGGCCUCCAACGCCACACACCACCUCUUUUCCCAGCUCCACCCGGGCGUCACGUACCAGCUCUCCAUACGCGCGUCCACCUCCAAAGGGUUUGGCACCGCGGCCACACUCAACGUGACGACUAAUAUUUCAGCACCGACAAUAGAUGAGUACGACGGGACGGAGGCCUUUCUGAAUGAAACGGCCACAACCAUCACUAUCCUGCUCAAACCUGCCCAGGCCAAGGGAGCUCCUAUAAGUGCCUACCAGAUUGUGGUCGAGGAAGUGAAUCCUCGGCGGACGCGUCGUCAGGCUUCCACCGACUGUUUUGAGGUCCCAGUUUCCUACCACAGUGCGUCUAGCGGUGGAUCUCCGUAUUAUUAUGCCGCCCAGCUGUCCCCCAGCAACCUGCCCGAGCCGCUCCCCUUCACGGUUGGAGACAACAAGACGUAUCAGGGUUUCUGGAAUCCUCCUCUGGCCCCGAGAAAGAACUACAACAUCUACCUUCAGGCUGUCAGCAGCACGGAGAGGGAAACUAAGACGCAGUGUCUGAGGCUUGCUACUAAAGGGGCCACGGAGGAGCCAGAAGUCAUUCCUGACCCCGCGAAACAGACGGAUCGGGUGGUGAAGAUCGCCGGGAUCAGCGCUGGCGUCCUGGUCUUUAUUCUGCUGGUGCUGGUGGCCAUCCUGUUGGUCAAGAAGAGGAGGACCUACUAUUCAUACUCUUAUUACCUGAAACUGGCUAAAAAACGUAAAGACGCCAUCGGAACGACGCGGCAGGAAAUGACUCACAUGGUGAACGCCAUGGAUCGCAGCUACGCCGACCAGAGCACUCUGCAUGGAGAAGAUCCCAUGGCGGUGACCUUCAUGGACUCUCACAACUACAACAACCGAUCGCCCAACGAUCCUCUGGUUCCAACGGCUGUGCUAGUUCCAAUCACAGACGAGAACCACAGCGCCUCCGCGGCGGAGAACAGCCGGCUCCUGGACGUCCCGCGGUAUCACUGCGAGGGAACCGAAUCCCCCUACCAGACGGGGCAGCUGCACCCCGCCAUCAGAGUGGCCGACCUGCUGCAGCACAUCAACCUCAUGAAAACCUCCGACAGCUACGGCUUUAAGGAGGAGUAUGAAUUGGUGAUACAGAGCUUCUUCGAGGGCCAGUCGGCCUCCUGGGACGUGGCCAAGAAGGAGCAGAACCGCACCAAGAACCGCUAUGGCAACAUUAUAGCAUAUGACCACUCAAGGGUUAUUCUACAGCCCAUAGAAGACGACCCCUCCUCCGACUACAUCAACGCCAACUACAUCGAUGUAAGUGGAAACGCAUCGAAUGCUACUAUUGGCUCCCAACGAAACCAACGAAACCAAACUCCCUCGCUCAUUUGGCUGUACAGGGAUGGCUACCAGAGACCAAGUCACUACAUCGCCACUCAGGGUCCCGUUCAUGAGACCGUGUAUGACUUCUGGAGGAUGGUGUGGCAGGAACAGUCAGCCUGCAUCGUCAUGGUGACCAAUCUGGUGGAGGUUGGAAGGGUUAAGUGCUAUAAGUAUUGGCCAGAUGAUGCAGAGGUGUACGGAGACUUCAAAGUGACAUUUGUGGAGGUUGAACCUCUUGCUGAAUAUGUGGUGCGCACAUUUACGCUGGAGAGGCGUGGUUUCAACGAGGUGCGGGAAGUCAAACAGUUCCACUUCACAGGCUGGCCCGACCACGGAGUCCCAUAUCACGCCACUGGACUACUUUCCUUCAUCCGCAGGGUUAAAAUUUCAAAUCCGCCCUCUGCUGGUCCGAUUGUGGUCCACUGCAGUGCUGGAGCCGGGCGGACCGGCUGCUUCAUAGUGAUUGACAUCAUGUUGGACAUGGCGGAGAGAGAAGGUGUGGUCGACAUCUACAACUGUGUGAAGGCUCUCCGCUCCAGGAGGAUCAACAUGGUACAGACUGAGGAGCAGUAUAUAUUCAUCCACGACGCCAUUCUAGAGGCUUGUCUGUGCGGGGAAACGGCCAUCCCCGUCUGCGAGUUCAAGGCUGCUUUCUAUGAGCUCAUCCGCAUCGACUCGCAGACCAACUCGUCACAUCUGAAGGACGAGUUCCAGACGUUAAACUCGGUGACUCCUCAGCCUCAGCCUGAAGACUGCAGCAUCGCACUGUUGCCUAGAAACCAAGAUAAGAACCGCUUUAUGGAUGGCCUUCCUCCUGAUAGAUGCCUUCCCUUCCUUAUUACUAUAGAUGGAGAAAGCAGCAACUACAUUAAUGCUGCUCUGAUGGAUCUCUCAGAGGAGUUCCAGAGCUACAGACAGCCUGCUGCAUUCAUCGUUACCCAGCAUCCUUUGCCCAACACCGUCAAAGACUUCUGGCGUCUGGUUUACGACUACGGGUGUACCAGUCUGGUGAUGCUGAAUGAGAUCGACCUGGCUCAGGGUUGCCCUCAGUACUGGCCGGAGGAGGGCAUGUUGCGCUAUGGUCCGGUCCAGGUGGAGUGCAUGUCCUGCUCGAUGGACUGCGAUGUGAUCAGCAGACUCUUCAGAGUCUGCAACCUCACCAGGCCACAGGAAGGCUACCUGAUGGUCCGUCAGUUCCAGUACCUGGGGUGGGCGGGGCACAGGGAGGUCCCCGCCUCCAAACGCUCCUUCCUCAAACUGAUCUUGCAGGUGGACCAAUGGCAGCGUGAGGGAGAGGAGGGAGAGGGAAGAACCAUCGUGCAUUGCCUGAACGGAGGUGGGCGCAGUGGAGUCUUCUGUGCCAGCAGCAUCGUGUGUGAGAUGACCAAGAGGCAGAGUGUGGUCGACGUCUUCCACGCCGUAAAGACCUUGAGGAACAGCAAGCCCAACAUGGUGGACACUCCGGAACAGUACCGAUUCUGCUACGACCUGUCACUGGAGUUCAUCGAAUCCUCCUAAACAAAGAAGAAGAGCAGAGGAUCUUUUCACUUCUCACGUUGCUUUCACUCGCUCCGGACUCCCCUCUGCGCGGCCAAUCGGUAGCACCCGUUUUGCGUCCCUUCAAGUGGAAAUCUGGCUCCUUGUACAGUGUUGUAAAGAAUCCGAACAAAGGGAAACAUUCAGACUUUUAACAGAAGGAGUGCAGCAGAGAGGGAGGUCUGACUCCCUCUUCUCCUUUUACUCCUUUUAUGCUUGUUGUACAGCUUUUUGAGCGCCAGCGGGCCGCUGUAUGUUCUGGGCCCCAUCUAAAUGUUUAGCCUCGUGCCGCGUGCUGCCUCAGCUGCAGUACCCCAUGUGCGCUGUGGGUGUCUCCCUCUCCCGUAGGCCAACUGCAUCCACGGCUUUUGAAAUGACUGCGUAAGUUUUAAGCGGCGCCCGCAUUCCGGCUCUCACGCUCAUCGUUUGUGAGUAACUAGUUGGGCUUCUCAUCGUGGCGGUGUUUGAAUAUUUGCAGCAAGUGCUUUUGUAUAAGAACAAGUUGAUGUUACAGCCGGGCCAAACUCUGUGAAGGCUUCUUUUUCUACUCCACACAUCAGCAGCAUCUUCAUGUUAUUUUCCUGGUUCACAACAUUAUGUGUGUAAGUAUAUAAUCGCCACUUUGAACCAGUAGAAUGUCAGAUGACACGACACAGGACCACGUAAUAAGUAAAGGUCUUAGAAACAAGACGGGCAAUGGAACUACAACAUGAAGUUUAUACGAAGCAUAACGCUUUCUUUUUAUUUGUUACGAUAUUAUGAAGUGGCAACUUAAAAAAAAAAAAUUGUGUGGGAUUUUCACUAAAAUGUAUACGUGUGAUUAUGUAUCGUUUGUUUGUUUCCUGCGGUCACCGCAGAGUUGAUUUGCAUCAUUUCUUGAUCGACUGGGAAAAAAAAGUUUUUAUGUCUUUUAAGAUUUUUGUUCAACCAUGUGACGUCAGCAUAAUGAUGUUUGUUGCAGGGCUGGGCCCGAAGCACUUUCAGUUCCACCAAUUCAAAAAUGGGAUGUGUCAUUUCAAAACACUUAGAAGGAAAUGCUUUGAGGUAUAAAGAGAUCAGCUUCUUUAUUUUUUAGAAAAGAUUAAAUAAUAUGAAUACGUUCCUUUCCAUUUUUGGUUUGAGCGGAAUUGAAAGUGAGCAGACCCCAGUUUGUUUUGUGCACUGGUGGCCAACACUUUUUAUUUUAUUUUUUAUAGCUGAUGUUUAUUCAUAAGCCAAAGACUUUGUGUAAAUAUGUCUAUAUGGAUAAAGCACAUUGUUUGUAUUUAUUGUUUGUUUACUUGCAUUGCUUGUAGGAAAAGUCAAUCUUCGUUCCAUGUUUACUCGACCACCAGCGCUUCCUAAACUUUGAGUCGGGACGCAAAAUGGGCUGCAAGUCUGUUUCCUCUGGAGUAUCGAGAGUAUUAGCGCGAUGAAACAAGCCCACAAAGGGUCCCGAGGUAAAAGGCUACGUCGGCUCACUUUGGGUUCAUGAGGAAAAGUUUAAGAACCCCUGAUUGAAGCUGUAUAUUAAAGCAUUAGAAGUCGUUUUUCAGUAUCUAGGUGGAAUUCAGCAGUAUUGUCUUGUUUUCACUUGGUGAAACUAUCUGUGACGUUACCGUGUUUUGUUUUCUUUAGUGUGCAAAAGGCCAUCGCUCCGUUAGCGGUCUGUAGAACAUCAGUGCAUUUUGAGUAUGUAGGAUAAAGUCUCCUAUCCCUCUUAAUGUCGUAGUCGGGAUGAGCUGUCUAUCCUCAUCGCCGCAUCCUGCACACCAUCGUCCCUGAAUACACACAGACUGUGUGAUGCAAACAGGCUUAGUGAGUGAAACACGCGGGAAUGUGAAACAACAACAACAACAACAAAAAAACAUUUAUUGUGCCUGAUCAUUUGAAUUUUACUUGUUGACACAAGCAUUUUAACAGUAUCUUAGAUCGCAAACCAGGGCUUUGUUGAGUGCGUUCUCGUGGACGAUCAAUGUUUGGACCGUUUCUCAGAAGGCUUCGGGACUUCUUAGUGAGGCUUUGCGGUCGUACCAAAUAUCACAUGUGUUUCUGUUGUGCUCAAGCAGAUUAAGAAAAAAAACAACAACAACAUUUUAUUGUAAAUACAAUGUCAGAGGUUCCACUGGGUUGGAACGAGAGUAACCUGAUCUACUGUUACGUAUGUUAUUGUAAAUAGGCCAUCAUGAGAACUAAAAGGCUCUAAUGGGUGAACGGUAGAGAUCCAGAUGACGGAUUCAAUGUCAGAACUUUAGUUCUGUCGUAGAUUAAAGAAGUCAAGAGAUUGUACUCCUGUUGGGCGCAACUUCAACAAUUUGACAGAUAUUGUUUGUUUUUUUAAAAGGUGUCUGAUUACGAAACACUUACUUUGGUGAAACAUCCACUUUCGGUUUCUUUUGGCAGAUUUGUGUUUGAAAAACAAAUCACCAUGUCAGUGCAGUUGAGCAGCCAGGCCUCUAUAGCAUGCAGAGAGAAAAGAACGACCACGCACGUACGGGAAGAACUAAGGUGCAAAUCCUUGUAAGAUGCCAAUAAUCCGCCCUUAAUACAUCUAAAGUAAUGGCCCUGAAGUGGUGAAUGGAGCAGGUAGAGAAUUGAUAUUCAUAGUUCAUCAUUAUUCUUGUCUGUAAUGUUUUGGGUUCUUUGCUGUAAUAAAGACCAAUUGUUUAAUUUCAA